AUGAAAAGGGCGCUGUUUCCUAUUCUGAUACAAUGUUUUGGUUUAAUCCUCCUCGGCUUCCUGGCAGGCCAGCUUAAGCUGCUCACGAACGCACAAGCAAAAGGUCUCGGUAUUUACGUUACUUCCUUUGCCCUGCCGGCGAUCUUCUUCUCUGUCAUGGUGUCAAUGAACUUCUCUGAUGUCGAUUGGUACGUCGUCCUGGCCGUGUCUUUAGGCAAAGCAAUCAUCUUCUUUCUAACGAUAGUUAUUGUGCUUGUUGUUUCACGUGGUAAUUCCAUCGGUUUGGCUGGCUUGCUGGCAAUUUUCACCUCCCAAACCAAUGAUGUUGCCCUUGCCUACCCAGUGCUUCGUCUCCUCUACCCCGACCUGGCUGCAUAUAUCUACCUCUUUGCCCCGGCUCAGCUAGUCGUUCUGAAUCCAUUGGGCUACUUUGCUCUAGAGUGGCACAAGGCCAAAGAAGGGGCUCUUGUCGAUUCCAUAAUAGCUUCGCAUUCCCCAACUUCGUCUCAGAUGACUUUAACACUGACUUGCAAGAGAAUACUAAGUGUGAUGCGACAAGUGAUACUGAACCCUCUCUUUUUCAUGACUGUGAUCGGCGUGGUUUUUAACUUUAUCUUCAAGCAAAAAUUACCUGACAUAAUGAAGGGUUUUUUCAACGAUCUGGGGUCAUCCUUUAGUGCGACUGCUCUUUUCUACCUCGGUUUCAGUAUGGUUGGAAGAAUUAAGCGCAUUGAUCGGCGUGGACUUUACAUUCUUAUUUCUAUUCUCAUUGCAAAAGUUAUUAUUUCGCCCUUCAUAACUCGUGAGAUAACGGUGCUGCUGCUGUCCCACCAGCCAAAUGAAAUAUCGGUGGCUAAGUCUAGCUUCGCCUUUCUUUAUGCUGCUGCCCCUACUGCGCCUCCUGUCUUUCUCUUUGCAUCGAACUCCGGCAUUCUGCCUGAAGUGAAUAUCCGCAGUAAUUUUGAAUUGAGAGAUGGGACGAUUAUUGGUGUCGGUCUGGAUUCUGAUGGGCAGCAUACCACUUUCGAAUAA